AGGCUUUCAAAGGGAAUGACAUGAGUGUGGCAUGGUUUCCUUCGUCACCGACGUAAUGCUUGUUGAGAACGACUUUGUGGAGAUACUGCAUGGGAUUCUUAAGUUGGUAGCUCUGAGCCAAACUUUGCAAAUUAGUGGUAAUGUAGAAUGCCUCCGUCGCUUGGUGAGAAGGUGGUGCACGAGUACCCAGAAAUUUAUCCUUGCUUUUGGGGAGGUUAUUGAGACUCUAGAGGAUGUGGCAAAUUUGAUGUUGUCGCUUAUUGUUGGGGAAGAGAACCCACGGCAGAUAGCGUUAACGCCAAAGGAGCGUGCCACACUAGUAGCUUUGAAGAAGACGGGCGAAGGUAAAGAUAGCCUGUGCGAAGCUCCCUUUAGCCCCUUUGAUGUUAGGUUUCGCCCUUAUCAUUCUAGCCGUGUUAUCGGUGGGAAGGCUUUAAAGGAAUAUCCCAUGGCGAAUGUGGUUACACCAGCGGAACAGCUCCAUGACUAUAGCAGCUUUAAUUUUCUUGCGUACAAGACAAUGCCUGGGACAUUUGCUCCACCCGAGGUGAGCCUCUUUGACAAGGCACUCCUAGCGGUGCUCGAGAGUCAGAUCAUGGAGUUUACCAUGGGCAACUCAAGUCAUCUAGAAAUGCUAGUGGUGAUCACACCAUCCAUGCUGCCAUGCAUUAAAUGGCGGGGGACGUGGAGUCUAGAGUGCUAUUGUCCGGAGAGAGUUGCGAGACAAUUUGGUUGUGAUCAAGAUGUACCUUUUGCUCUUUCUUUGGACAAGACAGAUUGGAAUAGGGCCAUGCGGCCUUACAUUGAUGAAGUUGCCAUGGCCAUGUGGAGCGAGGGUGCUGCCACACAGGUUUUUUAGCACUUUGAGAAUAUCAACCAUGUGGUCACCCAUGCUAGAGUAUUGAGGGACACUACUAAAGGAGUUUGAAGCUUUCAUUCAAUCAUUGCUGGAAGUGGUGGAAUAUGAUCCUACUUCCUAGGAUUGUGAACGUCUUUUUACCCACAAUAAUUCUUUCUUCAGUUAUUGUGGCAAACACUCUUGGGGGUUUUUAACUAGGGAGGAUAAUGAACAGUGGCUACCCAU